AUGUCGGAAUACCAAAACUACAGCCCCGUCAUCGUCGGCUGCUCGGCGCUCGUCGUGGCCAGCUUUUGCGUCGUCGUCGUUGUCGUCCUCCUGCUCACGUCGCCGGAAAAGCGCGGCCGCGUCGCCUGCGAGUCGGCAGCCUGCGUCGAACUCAACGACAUGCUCAAAUCCAGCGUGAACGCGAGCGUGCAGCCGUGUGUCAACUUCUACAAGUACGUGUGCGGUCCGCCGUUUGCGGGUGACCACACCUCGGUGUACCGCCAGCUCGUGGAAAGAUUCGGCCGCGCCCUGAUUUCCUUCGCCAACGACGACUUCGUGGUCUCCGCCAUCGGUCAGACUCCGGUCCAGAAGGUGGCGCUCUUUCUGCGGACCUGCUUGCUUGCGAACACGUACGACAAGCAGACUGAGCUGGCCGAGUUUAGGGGGAAGCUUAUGGAGGUCGGUGUCGUGUGGCCUAACUUUUCCCAGGCGCCCAACGUUAUAGGUACGGCGGCCAAGGUGUACGCGACGUUCCGAGUGGCUCCCUUGCUUGACAUAGAGAGGAGCCGCGACGACGAAGAAGGCGAUCCGUACGCGAGCGUUGGGCCUGGCACCGUCCUUCCCACUUGGAAAGAAAAGAGAGACAGGAUGCGGCUCUCCGGAACUUAUGAAGUGUUCUACGCGGACACCGUCGCGAUGUACGCGGGACAGAGCAACAGGCCGAGUGGCUCGGAGUUCAAGAAGUUCGAGGACGUGGAGAGCGUAGUGCUGGAAAAGCUCGUUUACUACGGUAGAAGCCGCGCAGACUACGUGCACCAUCUGCACACCGUGAGCUCGCUCCAGACUUCCACGCCGAAUGUGAAAGCCGGGGUGUGGCAGGCUCUGGUCACCAAUGACUUAGGACUUGCAACAUCGGCAGAAGUUAGAGUUCGCAAUCCGGAGUAUCUGAAGCGUUUCGACGACGUCCUCGGGGAAGUAGCAGAGCAAGAUCUGCACUUUUACCUCGAUUGGUGCGUGUUGCAAGCGAUGGGUCGGUUCAUAAGCGCGUCACUCUCGAACCUGUGGUACACCGGGUCGGCGUCAGCGCGUGACCCGACGGCUAGCGGAGACCCGUCUUUCAGCACGCCCAGCGCGGCCGACUGCUUGCAGCUGACGGAGUCCCUGCUCGGCUGGUCGCUGUUCCAGCACUUCGCGGUGGCCAAGGUCAACCAGAGCGUCAUGAACAGCGUGAAAGUUAUGGCGGACAUAAUCGGCACAGGUCUCGUCAGGCGACUAGAAGUUGCACCCUGGCUCAGCCAAAUGGAUCCUCCGCACUCAGUCGAGGUCUUCGUAACCAAGGCUGACUUCGAAGACGUGCUCUAUCAGAGUUCGCGGUUUUCGGUGCCGGGCGCUCUGGCCGCUGCGUUGGCUAACGUGAGCGACAUGCACCCUUCGUCGUUCUUCACCAACUGGGUGAACACCGCCGCGACGACGGCCCAGCUUCCGAAAAGAACUUGGGACCAGGUUUCAACCAGCUACAUCGCGGACAUAAGAAACAACGACCACUUCGUCGCCUUCGACUCGGCAAGACAGUCCGUACGCCUCCCUCCUUACUUCGCCAUGGUGCCCGUGUUCCACCGGGACGUCACCGACAGCGCCAACUACGGCGGCCUGGGCGCGAUCCUUGGAGCCGCGUCCAUUCACCUUCUCGUGUCAAGGCUGUCGCGCAACGAAUCACUAGCUCCGCUGCUCGCCGAAGCUGGCCGGAGACUGGACUGCUACGCCAAACCGGCGGCGGAAAACGCGACUGCGUUUCCUCGCGAACGCGUGUACCUCGCCGCCUCGCUGCCUGCAGUCUGGGAAACGUACCAGAACCGCAAGCUCCUCGGCGUAGGCGAUCAUCGAAGGCUGAGGGACUUCUCGAGCGAGAAGUCCUUCUUCGUGACGAUGUGCUAUUUGCUCUGCGACGGCCGAGACAACCCGGAAGCUGCUGAGUUUGCCUGCAACGCGGCCGUCAAGAACAUCAAGGCUUUCAGUGUCGCCUACCACUGCGAGAAGGAGACACCCAUGCACCCGAGGCAGAAGUGCCGGCUGUUCGAAUAG